AUGCCCCAGUUAUUCUUUUCGUCCCUCGUGGAUAUUUUCUUUCGCGAUAAGAUAUUUGAAUUUUGUGUAAAAAAUGGAUUAACGGCGGAUGUAUGUGUUCCUCAAUUCUUUGAGAACACCAAGGGCUUUGACUCGUCCAUCUGCUGGAACGAAGAUGUCCAAGAGUAUUUUAGAAAAUUGAAGUCAGGAGAAGAGAAUGUUAUCACUUUGGAGUCCCUUAAAGAGAAGCCAUUUUAUCCAGAAGAAGCUAAAGUGUCGGAAUUUACAUUGGAGAUCAUUCAGAAACCUCUUUCAGGUAUUUAUUACAAAUAUUCUUGUAAAUCUGCAGCUGUGCAGGUGUGCAUGGUGAAAAAAUUAUUCUUUAAUAUAAAGUUGAUUAAACAUAUUCUUAAAAAUAGCUUUGGAAAAAACCUAGUUUGUUAUAUAUGAAAGCAAUACAGCUCAUCGUAUAGCCAGGGCCGCCGAGAGCUUGGCGGGGGCACGGGGCAAAAAAUUUUUUAGGGGCCCCAAUUGCAAAAAAAUUUUCCGCAAAAAAAUUUUUCCGACAAUAAUUUCUUUUUAGGUGCGUUAUAAUUGCUUUCGUUGGACUUUUCCGCAAUUUUCCAUACCAAACUUCGGUUCAUUGCCCCCUAAACACAAAUAUUUUGGCCCGAAAACAGAAAUAUUUCGCCCGAAAAAAUUACUGGGGCCCAUUAAAUUUCUAACAUUAAAUUUCUAGGGGCCCCCAGAGCCUCGGGGCCCGGGGCAAUUUGCCACCCCCCCCUCUCGGCGGCCCUGCGUAUAGCUGUGUUCUGUGACCAAAAAAUUUGCUUAGAAAACGAAGUUUGUCGCCUCCCUUCGGGCACUACUUUAAAAUUACAGAAAUCUAUAGAUUCUGAUAUGCCUGGCACGAAUUUAUUCAUGCAAACCUGCAGUUUCUUUGUAUUUUACGACCAAACAUCAUCAUUUUCUAUUAAAAUUAGCAAUAUUUUUUUUUGAAACUUCAUGUUAUACACAGUUAUUGUACCAGUUCGAAGGCGGGGGAGAGAGGUGGGGGGUAUCACGCGGUUCAUCUCAAUAUGAAAUUGCAAAGAUUCUUUAAUCAAGAAUUUUACAGAUUCUAAACUUGUGUUGCUCAAUUUUUUAUCAACAACGAACAAGGAGCGCACGAUAUUCGAUAGAUCUUCAGGACCCAGAUGUAUUUUAUUUAACACAAAUUGACCAUUGGCAGCAGUUCUUUCAAAAACUAGCUCAUGCAUGAAAUCUGAACUUUUUCCUGUGGGGCAUUAAGUGCUAUGAGCAUUAAGUGCUAUCAUACGUUUAAAUUUGUUCGCGCUAAAUCUUUCUAUACACUUUUUUUAGAUCUAACCGGGAGCAGCUGCGAAAAAUGGAAGUAAUAGGCCCUUUGGCUUCGAUUCCGGUAUAAUGCUCUAACGAGCUGUGCUACAGAGACCAAUUGCUAACCCUUAACCACAGAUUUAUGUAUAUAUAUAAUCGAACUUGCCAGAGAGCAUUAAGUUGCAUUUUUUGCAACUGCUCCUGGUUGUUAGGUCUAAAAAAGUGUAUAGAAAUUUAGGUUCGAAAAUUCAAUCUAAAAAACCAUUCACUAUUAGUUGUAUCGAACGAGAUUCCCAAAAUGUCGAUAUAAGAAUCUUUAUCAAUCUACUCUUUGCAAUUUCAUAUAUAAUUCAACAAUAAACCCAAAAGCUCAUGCAAUAUAUCUCACGCCACCGCUCUGCGAGAUAAGUCCACAUAACAGCGACUUUUUCUAAUUUUUUGACGAAUGAUGUUAAAUUUGCUUUGUAAAUGGUUAGCUUAUUCUAAAAAAUUGCUUUUCACAUUGUUUUAAUUGUCUGCAUUGGUUAAUGAGAAUUAGAUGCCACCCAAAAAUGGCGGAUAUUCGUCAUCGUGAGAAAGGCUAAUUCUUGACGAUUUCCUGCAUAUAACCGCGUGAUAAGAAACUGGAACUAGUGCGAUAAUGUUAAUAGAAAAUGUUGAUCUUUCAUCGUAAAAUACAAAGAAAUGGCAGGUUUCUACGAGUGACAACAAGUUAAUUCAUACUCAGCAUUCAAAAAUCUAUAGAUUCGUGUGGAUUUAAAGUUGCGCCCGAAGGGGAGGGGGUGUGGAGCAGAACUGAAACCAAAUCACAGAAUACGGCCUAUUAUACGUACAUCUCUAUAAUGGAUGGUUUAAUUUUUCCUGUUACCAUCCCCCAAAUGGACACCGACGGAAUUUUUUUUGAGCAUCUGGUCCAGGGGGCGCCCGUGAAGGUAGCGAUUAGGAAUACACAUGUUCACAGGCAAGGGGCUUUGGGACUCGUAGAAAAAUGCAAAACAUGGGCACACUUGCACUCAAAUUGUUUCUUCUUCCAUAUUUAAACAUUCCUGUGGAUCAGAGAUUGCGUUAGAAAUUGUAUUUAACACUGUACUAACAUCGCCUUUAAUAUAGCCUUAGUGAACACGUUCUAUCCGUUAGUGAAUGCCUUUCAAAUGUCGACAUUCGUGAAAUUUUGAUAACGUGUUCGUGUCCAAUAUUGCCCAUGGGAGGGGAAUUGGCUUUUCUUUAUUUUCCCAGGGUUUAGGAAUAAAGUAUACAUAAAUCCGGGGGGGACAGGAAGAAUCGAACCAUGCAUGAUGCAGACAAUUCUCUGCUGCGUACGCCUUUCUAAACGGGCACCUCCUUAAUAUCAACGCCUUUCUAAUAAUGCGGACAUCUUUCCAAUGUAUCGCCGUCCACAUUAAUCCGUUUUCUGGAUGCCUUCAUCAAUGAAAACGGAGCUUUUCGAAAACGGCUUUGAAAGUAGGUGAAGACAACGCGGGCGUAUACAUUGGAUUAGUGAGGAAGGGCGAAAACGAAGGUUUUCAAAAACGCGGACGGCAUGAACACAAUCAUUCGUAGUAUUCAAAUGAAUUGCUUGUCUUGCACUGGAUAUAAUGAUGAUUAAUCUGCAAGCAUAACUUACAAAGACAAUGAAAUGCUCUACACUAUGUCCUAGGUUAUCAUUUUAUUUAUUUCUGAGAUUGUAAAGCCACUAUAGAAGCUCUAUUAUCGGCGACGUUUUUGGGUCCAACCUCGGUAAAUUUGUCUCUUUCUCCGUAAAAAUGUUGCAUGAAUAACGGUAAAAUGAAUGAAGAUCGAAAAUAAUAAAAUAUUAUCGUUUUCUAAGUGCUAGUGUGGUAAAAAACGAUCCAAAAGCGCUACUGUGGACGCAGAUAUUUGUAUGCGUUUUCGAAAUAUCAAAAACGAAGGGAUUCGAAAACGGAUUAGUCUAAUAGUGUGGACGUAGCCUACCUUCCCAAUACGGAUACCUCUCUAAUAUGAAUACCUCCCUAAUAGAGAUACCUCGCUCAUACAGACACCUCUCUGAUAGUGUUAAUGUGUAUUCUUUGCAAGGUACAGUAUGUAGUUUCACUAUAGUUGGCCGUAUAUAUGUAUAUAUAAUUAUGCUUUAUUCUUAUUCAGAAAUUGAACGCCUUCUGAGAGAUGGAAUGAUUUAUGUGGAGUUCAAGUAUGCCUGGCACUCGCUUUUACCAAGAUGGCUUCGGUUUCACAAAGAUAAAGAUCUACAAAGGGUAGAAGACUGUUUAAAACACGGAGCAAACCCAAGCAACAGAGGAGGUGCGGGGGUAACUGCCCUAAUGCUAACGUGUAAGAAACUAAAUUAUCUUUUUGAGGAUUCACCUGCGGCGGAACAGGUGAUGUCGUUACUGUUGGAUCACGGAGCUGAAGUGAAUCAACAGGAUUUUUAUGGACGUACUGCGCUUCAUUAUGCAUUUGAAUUCAGAUAUGACACUGAAGAAAGGCUUGCUCGAAAACAACGUGCUAUUGAAAUCCUUAUUCAGCACAAUGCAGACAUUUAUCUAAAAGAUUCGUCUGGGCUUUCCGCCUUUGAUAUGGCUAAGCGUGAGGGACACGAAUCUUGGUUAAGAACCGAUGAAGCAUCAUUGACAGUCCGAACAUGCUCAAAGAAAGGAAAAACAUCCUGUUCCAUACGUUAA